UUUUUUUUUUUUGAGACAGGGUCUCGCUCUGUCACCCAGGCUGGAGUUCAGUGGCAAGAUCUCAGCUCACUGCAGCCUCCACCUCCCAGGCUCAAGCAAUCCUCCCACCUCAGCCUCCUGAGUAGCUGGGACCACAGGCAUGGACCACCAUGCCCAGCUAAUUUUUGUAUUUUUUAUAGAGACAGGGGUCUGGCCAUGUUGCCCAGGGUGGUCUUGAACUCCUGGGCUCAAGUCAUCCACCUGCCUUGACCUCCCAAAGUGCUGGUAUUAUAGGCAUGAGCCACGGCGCCCAGCCUAGCAAAGUUUUGUUGUUGUUGUUUGUUUGAGAUGGAGUCUCGCUCUGUUGCCCAGGCUGCAGUGCAAUGGCUCAGUCUCGGCCCACUGCAACCUCUGUCUCCUGGGUUCAAGCCAUUCUCCUGUCUCAGCCUCCAGAGUAGCUGAGAUUACAGGGGCACACCACCAAACCUGGCUAAUUUUUGUAUUUUUAGGAGAGACUGGGUUUCACUAUGUUAGUCAGGCUGGUCUCGAACUCCUGACCUCAGAUGAUCUGCCAACCUCGGCCUCCCAAAGUGUUGGGAUUACAGGCAUGAGCCACCACAUCAGGCCUGGCAACCUUAUUUGUAUCUGCAAACUUAAUUCCCCUUUGCCAUGUAACAAAUGUAAGUCAGCCCAGGCUGCUAUAAGGAAACACUAAAGAGUGGGGUCUUAAACUGCAGACAUUUAUUUCUGGAGGCUAGGAAAUCCAAGGUUAAGGUGGCUGGCUAGCUCAGUUCCUGCUGAGGGAUUUCUUCCUGCCAUGCCUUCUUGCUGCAUCCUCCCAUGGCAGACAGAGAGAGAGAAAGAGCUCUGGUUUGUCUUUUCCUUAUAGGGAACUAAUUCCAUCUUGCAGGGGCCAUCCUCAUGAGUUCAUCUAACCCUGAGGACCUCCCAAAGGCCCUGUCUCCAAAUUCCAACCCACUGGGAGAUAGGGCUUCAACGUAAGAAUUUUGCGGCCGGAAGCAGUGGCUCACGCCUGUAAUCCCAGCACUUUGGGAGGCUGAGGUGGGCGGAUCACGAGGUCAGGAGAUCGAGACCAUCCUGGCUAACACAGUGAAACCCCGUCUCUACUAAAAAAUACAAAAAAAUAGCCGGGCGUGGUGGUGGAUGCCUGUAGUCCCAGCUACUUGGGAGGCUGAGGCAGGAGAAUGGUGUGAACCCCGGAGGCAGAGCUUGCAGUGAGCCGAGAUAGCGCCACUGCACUCCAGCCUGGGAGAUUGAGCGAGACUCCAUCUCAAAAAAACGAUAAUAAUAAUAAUUUUGACAGGACACAAUUCAACUUAUAACGAUAACAUAUUUAUUGGUUUGGGGGAUCAGGAGGUGGACACUUGGGGGAAAGGGGCCCCCACGCUGCCCACCACACCCAGCAAGGUCACAGGGGCAUUUGUGACUUCAUCCUCCUCUUGGUCCCCCACACAACCCUCCCACUAGACACUCCCGCAUGGUAGCUGGAGCAGCAAACAACUGCUUAGGGAUUUGAAGCCAGGUGCCCUAACUUCCUCCAUGGGCGCUCAGCCUAGGGAACCUCAGAACACUUACUCUAGGAUCCAGACACUGUUUAGGAGGGUCAAGACCUUACUCAUCAAAGCCCCGCCUCCCCCCUAACCUCCGCCUCCACCCCCAUCCUGGAACCCUGGCUGUACACACGUGUAUGGAUACAUGUUUGGCCACAUGCAUGACAACAACCUUGAACAUCUCCCGUCACAGCAGGUGCUGGACACAGGAGAGCAGCUGAUGGUCCCCGUGGAAGUCCUGGAAGUGGAUAACAAGGGGGCCUUGUGGAAGUUUCUACCCUCAGAAGCUAUGGCCGGGGCGGUGUCUCGCACGGGCACGGCACCUCUGGACAGAGCCAAGGUGUACAUGCAGGUCUACUCCUCCAAGACGAACUUCACCACCCUGCUGGGGGGGCUACAGAUCAUGGUCCAGGAGGGCGGCUUCCGCUCCCUGUGGCGGGGCAACGGCAUCAACGUGCUCAAGAUUGCUCCUGAGUAUGCCAUCAAGUUCUCCGUAUUCGAGCAGUGCAAGAAUUACUUCUGUGGAAUACGAGGGUCCCCGCCCUUCCAGGAGCAUCUCCUUGCUGGCUCCCUGGCUGUGGCCAUCUCCCAGACCCUCAUCAACCCCAUGGAGGUGCUGAAGACGCGGCUGACCUUGCGUCGGACGGGCCAGUACAAGGGGCUGCUGGACUGCGCCAGGCAGAUCUUGCAGCGAGAGGGCACCCGCGCCCUUUACCGCGGCUACCUGCCCAAUAUGCUCGGCAUCAUCCCCUAUGCCUGCACCGACCUGGCUGUCUAUGAGAUGCUCCAGUGCUUCUGGCUGAAGUCAGGCAGGGAUAUGGGGGACCCCAGUGGCCUGGUCAGUCUGUCGUCUGUGACGCUAUCCACGACCUGUGGCCAGAUGGCCAGCUACCCACUGACUCUGGUGCGCACCAGGAUGCAGGCCCAAGAUACCAUGGAGGGCUCAAAUCCCACCAUGCGCGGAGUCCUCCAGCGGAUCCUGGCCCAGCAGGGCUGGCUAGGGCUGUACAGAGGCAUGACCCCCACGCUACUGAAGGUCUUACCAGCAAGGUGGCAUCAGCUAUGUGGUGUACGAAGCCAUGAAGAAAACCCUGGGCAUAUAGGCUGUGAGCUGGACGACACAGCCUAGGCAGAAAUGGGACAGGAGGACCUGAUGACCCCUGGCCCCAAAGAGCCCUCGAGGCCUCAAGGUUCAGGCCCUGGGGCAGUUUUUGGUGGCAAAAGCAGGCUGGGGGUGGGGGUGGGGCUCUGGGUCAGAAGAUUCCUGAAGCUGGGGUUGGUGGUGGGCGGAGGGGGGGAGUGCUGGGUCAGAAGACUCCUGGGACUCCCUCCCCAGGGUGCAGCCUGAGACAAGAAACGUGGACUCCUUGUGGGUCUGGCCCCUUGUGGGUCGUCCUGGCUCCAGGGCGAAAUGGUGAAUAUGUCACACAACAAGGAAUAAAG